AUGGAAGACACUCAAAAACCCACACAAAUCUCAAUUUUCAACAUUAUCGCCGUCAUUUGCUCGGCAACAUUUGCAAUUUAUAGCACACAAGUUGUCACGGCGAUUUCCAGAGCGGUAAAAUCUCUCUCAAAACCGGCUCCAAACCCAAAAGUCAUUGCUUUAAAACAAAAAAUUGCCGAAUUAAAGCGAGAAUUGCACGGAAUUUCGCCGACAGGAGAAUUCGCGCGCUAUUUCAAGAAAGAUCGAGAAAUGAAUAAAGCGACGGAGGAGUUGACGAAAUUAGAAGCUGAAAACUCGUCUGAAACCGCGAGAAAUCUGAAAAUCGACACAGUUGUGCGAGUUUUGAUGCAAUUCUCGGCGUUGGCGUUGUUGAGAUAUGUCUCUGGAAUAACUGCUUACUGUAUUCCGGAUACUAUCUUUUGGCCAUUCAAUAUUUUGGUCAGAUUCCCCGCGAUUUUUGGAAAUGACACUUGUCCGACAGAAUUCGCCGAAGUUUCUGGAUUUGCCCUCGCUUUUCUCAUGAUUCAUCUGUUCAAUUUGACCUGGAAAACGUGUCGGAGCUGCUAUUCUUCUACUUCUGCGACGACGACUUCAGAUGAUAAAAAGACGAAAUAA